AUGGCUUCGCGGCAUGUUCCCUACACAGAUAUUUCAGAUAUGGGACGGGCAGCGCAGGAGACUGAAAUACAGCGUGCUGCCAAUCAACAGCUUAUUGAAGAAGGUAGAAUAAUUAAGCACAAGGAGCUUGAAAAAAUGAGACGCGAAGAGGAAAGUAAGGAUGACAGUAGUAGUGAGCGUCCUGACGUUAUUAUUAAAAUUAAUAAUGGGAGCACUUCACGCCUGAGUAGUCAGCGUUCUUCUGCCGAUUUAGCAUCAUCAAUCAGCUCAAGGAAUUUGGAUGCACGUGAGCUACGAGCCCAGUUACUGCAGUUGGAAGAAAAGGUUAAGGGGGCAAUGUUAUCAAAUGUUCAACUAGACAAUGAUAAACAACUUUUGAAGUAUGAAGUUGAUUUGCUCAAAGAUAAAUUGGAAGAUCUUACAGAUGCUUAUGCUUCUUUGAACAAAAUCUUCUUAGAAAACAAACGGGAAUUGGCGUAUCAAAAAAUGCAAAUUGUUGAAUUAACACAUCGUUUGGAUUAUGCACGUCAUCAAAUAGAGGCACGUGAUCAACUAAUUGUUGAACAUGGUUUAGUAUUAAUUGGUGGCACAAAUGUAGAUGACAAUCCGACGUCUAACAUGGAGGAGUUAACAGCAACUAAUGCACAUAUGUCAUCUACGAAUAAGGGAAAAUUCACGAGUAAUGAUAGUAAUUUAGUAAUGAUGAAUGGUUUAUCCAAUAAUAAUAAUCAUUCAAAACCAAAUUCAUCGAUACAUCAAAAUGGUGAUAAAUCAUCAAAUCAUUUACCCGAAAUGGUUCUUAUCACAAAAUCGACAGCUGAACUCUUAAAUACUUUAUCUGAAACAACAUUAGAUAAGCAAAUUAAACAGUUGUUUAGUAUGCGAUCCGAAUUGGAUGCACGAGUUGAAGAAUUAGAAUCUCAGUUAAGAGAAGAACGUAAACGCUUCGAAACUCCAACUACACGUUAUGAUUCAAAGAAUCGUACAAAUAUAGCAAAUACAGAAGAUAUUAAACAUGAACUACAACAAAGUCGUAAUCAAGCUCAAGAAUAUAAACUGAAAUUUCAUGAAUCAUCUCAAAAGAUAUCAGCUCUUGAAAGCGAUAUUGUGCGUUUGGAAGGUCAAACUAAACGAUAUAAAGCCAUAGCUGAUGCUUGUGAAGAACAAGAAGAAAUUUUAAAACAAGAUCGAAGAAAAUGUCAACGUGAACUAAGAGAGGUUCAAUCAAAAUUGGAAGAUCUUAAGGCAGAGAAUGCUAGACUGCAACGGGUUGUGGAUAAAUAUAAUCGAGGUUCUACUGUUCCAGGUAGUUUGGCACCUGGUACUGGCAGUACUAUACGUCAGGCUCAUGAUUCUUCUGUCAACAGAUAG